UUUUUUUUUUUACUAUUUAUGGCCAACAGAAGAUGUUCCCACAUCAUUCAUUACUUUCGUUCAAACAGUAUGACAUAAAGAAGAAUAGUUCCAACCCAACCUUAACAUUUAUUUUCAAAUUAAAUCAUGGAUAUUAAUUUCAACACCAACCGUAAUGCUAUCAGUAGAACUUCGAUAAGAAACGCACGCCUUACAUUCUCUUAAAGGUUAAUAAUGAGUGCUGUAACAGGCAAGAAACCGGCGGCAUCUGACCAACUCAGGCUUCUCGAUCACAUUCAAUUAGAACAUUUAGUAGCCGGAACUAUUGCCGGCAUUACAUCAACCCUUGCACUGCACCCGUUGGAUGUGUUGAAGAUUAGGUUCGCAGUGCACGAUGGCAGGAGCAACGCGACACCAAAAUAUAACAGUAUCCUAAGUGGAUUUGGUACAAUUUACAGAAACGAAGGUUUUCGCGGACUCUAUCGAGGAGUUACGCCGAAUAUUUGGGGUGCUGGAAGUUCCUGGGGACUUUAUUUCCUGUUUUACAAUGCUACCAAGAAUUAUAUGCAAAAAGGAAAUCCCAGUACUGUGUUGGGGCCCGCCAGUCAUUUGCUAGCGGCAGCACAAUCGGGCUUCGCAACAUUGCUGUUGACAAACCCUCUUUGGGUUGUGAAAACCAGAUUGUGCUUGGAGUAUUGCACAGAAACUAGACGUGUAACGCAAUAUAAUGGAAUGAUGGAUUGUCUAACCAAAAUAUAUGCCAUUGAGGGUAUCAAAGGGUAUUAUAAGGGACUAGUUCCAGGUAUUUUUGGAAUAUCUCAUGGUGCGGUACAAUUUAUGGUAUAUGAGGAAAUGAAGAAAGUAUAUUAUCACUAUUACAACCUACCGGCAGCCUCAAAGUUGGGCACUAUAGAAUACCUAACAUUCUCUGCUACUUCCAAACUAGUAGCUGCCUUUGCAACAUAUCCAUAUCAAGUAGUCAGAGCCCGUUUACAGAAUCAACAUCACCAUUACGAUGGAACAUUAGACUGCAUUAGACAAACCUGGCAAUAUGAAGGAUGGCGGGGGUUUUACAAAGGGCUAAGCACCAAUUUGCUUAGGGUCACUCCAGCCACUAUGAUCACAUUCUGGACUUACGAAAAUAUUUCUCAUCUUUUGCUGAAGCGUGAUAAAACUGUGGUUCUAUCAACUUGAUAAAAAUUGUAAAUUGGAAAUUAUGUAAAGCUUUAAUUAGUGAAAAUCGUUAUUGUGUUAUAUGUACUGAUUCGUUAAUAAACCUGUGUUAACGUUGCAACAAUUCAAAAAACUUCAGACUGGCAACGCAAUUACGUCAUAGAGGGACGACGUAUUCAAUGGUAGAGAAACAAACCAAACAUUUCUUUCUGGUGAAUACUGCCUUGCUUUAUGUACUAUGUCCUAAAAAUUAUAUAUGAUAGGCUUUAACUCCGCAGAUAUGAGGGGAAAUAUAAUCCUAAACCCCUAGACCACCACAAAUACUUUCCAUCCACAAUAUUUGAUUGUGCAACUUGAUGACGAUAAGCUA